AUGACUUUUGGUGAAGAUUUUCUGCCCAAGUUUAUUGAGACCGUGCCAAAUAUCACGGUAACUGUGGGACGCGAUGCUCUUCUCCCCUGCACCGUAGAGCAACUUAAGGGUUUUAAGGUAAGCUCGUCGAAUAAUUUAAGGGUUUUUAAGGUAAAGUUUUCGAGGAACUUAAGGGUUUUUAAGGUAAAGUCUUCGAAUAACUUAAGGGUUUUUAAGAUGGCGUUGCUGUCUCUAGAAGGAGAUAAUUCUCAAACUUGGGAAACUUUCGGAGACUUUCUACGCAAAGCGGUGUCUUUGGUCCCGCCUGACAUCAUCGACCGAGAGUCAUCGGGUGACCUGACCGUGCGAGAGGGCAUGGACGUGACCUUGACCUGUCGUGCCAAAGGUCAUCCUCCGCCGACCAUUGUGUGGCGACGAGAAGACAACAAGAACAUUGUCCUGGACGCUGAGAAAUCUGGUGAGUUGAUGGACGCAGAGGCAGCCCCAGGAGGCGUGGGCGUAGGCGCGGGCGCGGACGAGGAAGGAUCUCGCGUGGUGGAGGGAGAGAAACUGACUCUCAAGAAGGUGUCGAGGCUGCAGAUGGGGUCCUACCUGUGCAUAGCGUCCAAUGGCAUCCCGCCGUCGGUUAGCAAGAGGACGCAUCUCAGAGUGCAGUUUCCCCCGAUGGCAUGGGUGCCGCAGCAGCUGGAGGGAGCCUACAUCGGCCAGGAGCUGACCAUCGAGUGCCACACGGAAGCUUACCCCAAAAGCAUCAACUACUGGACUAACACGAAGGGAGACAUGAUCGUGGCGGGUGACCGCUACGAACCGAUCGUGGCCGAGACGACUUAUAAAGUGUACAUGAAGCUUAGGAUACGCCACGUUCAGCCACAGGACUUCGGAACGUUCAAGUGCGUCGCCAAGAACUCGCUCGGGGAAACGGACGGCGCUAUUAAGGUUUACGAAAUUACGAACCCGUUAGAAAAGUAA